UAUGUGUCACUUUGGUAUUGGAUAAUCAAUUUUCCCUUGAGUCUCUCUCUCUCUUCCUCGAUGUUUUUGACGGAAACAAUUUCUCUCUUCCUCCUCCAAUCCCAAUCCCUCCAUCUUCUCUCUGGCUUCUGAUCUCCAGCUCCUUCUUGAUUCUGGAUGAAAUUGCGAUCGACAACGUGGUUCGCGAUGGCGAUUAUCUAAUACUCAUCACCGUAGCUCACGAUAUGCAUGGAGACCGUUGGUUCCCCUCUGAUUCCGCUGAGUGAAUUCUCGGAAGCGGCUGUGAUGAACAAGUAUGGAGUGAAGCCAGAUGCUGAAACCCUUGACAUUGCCAACACUGCCGCUAGGCAGAAAUCUAUUACAGUGGUGAUGAAGAUAUAUUGGGGAGAUCCUCGUGAGAAGAUUUGUGAAGCUGUUGAACAUAUCCCUCUCUCAAGCCUUGUCAUCGGUAACCGAGGCCUUGGUGGCCUUAAGAGGAUGAUAAUGGGAAGUGUAAGCAACCAUGUUGUGAACAACGUGGCAUGCCCUGUUACCGUCGUGAAGGCUCACCACUGAGCUAUGUCUUGAUAUUGCUCGGGGAACCUGAUGACCGGUGUGUAUAUCCUAAGAUUUGUGUAUCGCUCUGUAUUCUUAACUCUUGUGUGACUUGUAUGUUGUUUAUCUUGUGCAUCAUUGUGCAUAAAUUUUUUUUUAAGAAUCUCAAAGAGGUUCUUCCAUUGGACCAUGAAAAAAUUAAUUACACUUACAAGGGUUCUAAACU